UUGGUGACGAUGUGAAAAUGGCGGCGAAUGAUCUAUUCUACUACAUUAACUUUGUCGUGAAUUCACACAGUGGAGCUGUCUGAAUAAGGCUUACUUUAGAAUAUAAAAGUUACUAGACGAGUCUAGUCGGAGUGAACAUUUUAUUAGUAAACAAUACACGAGGACUAUUGACCGCUGGAUUUUCCCCACUGUGAGCCCGAGUUUAAGUCUUUUGGAAAUGUGUUUUUAUUUUAAACUUGAACCGAGAUUAGCGUAUGUUACUCGAUAAAUAUACGCUCUUCAUUCUUCGCCUCACUACUCAUGGGUGACUGCAAUGUUAUACGUUGUACAUAUAAGCCGUAUGUAUAAGUAAAACCCCAUAUCUCUUUGUAUUUCAUUUUUUUUUACCACCCGCGUAAUGUUUGUAGGCUGGUGCUGAUGCUCGUUCACUCACUCUCCCCUCAGCAGCGAUUAGCUUGACAACCUAGCUGUCAUGGUUUUUAUUAUGACCCGCUGUUUUAUUAUUUUUGGUGUGAAAUAUAAUACAAUAUUUUGUAGCGUAAUGGUCCGUUUUAUGUGAAAAAAGCUGCGGACUAGUUUCCAAGUAUUUGAAAACAGCGAUUAUUAUAUCUAGGCAGUAUCCAUGUAAAGUGUCGUUAUUUCGUUUAGACGGACACUAAUAUUAUUAGUAAUAAAGUGUCCAUCGAAAACCGUUGAACUUGUGGCGGUUAAUUCUAACGUUAACGGGAUAAACUGACAGAAGCGCGUUCGCUGGCUCGCGACUUGUCAGUUCACUGGCGGGCUGCGCGUGAGUCUUUAUUCUGACAAAUUGACAAUGGACGAUCCCAAACCGCGUUACAGCAAGCGACUGCGGUCUGGCACACGGCGGCGUUACCAAGACGAUGGCAUUUCCGACGACGAGAUCGAUGGAAAGAGGACUUUCGAUCUGGAGGAGAAGCUGCAUAGUAGCCGCUUCAGCUCUGACCGAGUCAAACACAUGGAGGGCAAAGACCUCUCUUACGAGUACGUGCAGAGAUGUGGGCUCCGGGAUCCCAUCAUCUUUGAAAGACCUGAUGGACUUGGAAUUAAAAUGCCGGAUUCAGACUUCAGCGUGAAUGAUGUGAAGUUGUUUGUAGGAAGUCGGCGGAUGAUUGACGUGAUGGAUGUGUCUACUCAAAAGGGCACAGAGAUGUCAAUGGCCCAGUGGAGGCGCUAUUAUGAGACUCCUCCCUCUCAGAGAGAGAAGCUUUAUAAUGUUAUCAGCCUUGAAUUUAGCCACACUAAACUAGAGAGCCUCGUCAAAAGACCUACCACGGUGGACAUGAUUGACUGGGUGGACAACAUGUGGCCAAGGCACUUAAAAGAAAGGCAAAGAGAUGCCACAAACUCUAUCAUGGAGAUGCAAUACCCCAAAGUGCAGAAGUACUGCCUAAUGAGUGUGCAGGGCUGUUACACAGAUUUCCACAUAGACUUUGGAGGCACAUCUGUGUGGUACCACAUACUGCGGGGCUGCAAGGUGUUUUGGCUAAUCCCCCCAACGCCACAAAACCUGGAGCUUUAUGAGAACUGGGUGUUGUCAGGGAAACAAGGCGACAUCUUUCUUGGUGACAAGGCCACUGAUUGUCAGAGGAUUGAGCUCAAGCAGGGCAACACGUUCAUUAUUCCAUCGGGUUGGAUUCAUGCAGUGUACACACCAGUGGAUGCGCUUGUAUUUGGUGGGAAUUUUCUUCAUAGUUUUAACAUCCCCAUGCAACUGCACAUCUCCAGCAUUGAGGACAGGACAAGGGAUGAUUUUCCUUACUGCUUUACGGUGCCUGCUAAGUUCCGGUAUCCAUUUUAUUAUGAGAUGGGCUGGUACGUGUUGGAGCGUUAUCUGUACAGCAUGACCAACACAUCACACCUCAUCCCUGAGUUCCAGAAAUACUCUUUGGGCAUCGGUUUGAAGCAGGAAAGCUCAGGCUGUGAGGUACUGAAUGGCCACACCAAAGAGGAAAGAGAUGACAACAAUGCUCCCUCUCCACCUAUUGGGCCAGGGGUGAAGCUUCACUUGACUCCCUUUGAGCUGGAGGGGUUGUGGAACCUGAUUGGGAAGUUGGAGUCACUGCCCUCACAUAAGAAAUGUGUGCCUUCAGGAAUACACAAUGCUGCUGCCCUCCUACACGACAUACGGGCGUUAUUGAAAGAUCAUGCCAAUGACAUCCCUAAACUCUCUUACACGGGAAAACCCAUUGUCAGGUGGCCGAGGAGGCCCCCCUGGUACCAGCCCCCUCCUCCCCCUCCACCUGUCAUUCGUCCCAAGCUCUCAACCACACCCGUUAUUUCACGGCCAGUGAAACCAGCCUCCAAUAUGUCGGUCCUGCGACGGCGCCGCGUGCGCUGUAAACGCUGUGAGGCCUGUCUACGAACAGAAUGUGGAGACUGCAACUUCUGCAGAGACAUGAAGAAAUUUGGUGGCCCUGGCAAACUCAAACAGACCUGUGUACUGCGCCAGUGUCUCGCUCCUGGUCUGCCGCUCUCUGCUGUAUGUGAGAUCUGUGAGGAAGGCAACCAGGAGACUAGUGAAGAGCUCAUGGAGUGCUCCAACUGUGCUCAGAUAGCUCAUCCUAGCUGUUUGAAGACAUCUGGUGAGGGAGUGGUGAACAAAGACCUACCGAGCUGCUGGGAGUGUCCCAAAUGUGUUUUCGGCAAAGAAACCGAUUCUGAGUCGUCAGGCAGCGGUGAUGACAUCACGGCACAGGAUGGGUCAGGGGGGCGUGGGGGCGAGGGCGGGGCAUGGCACGGGGUCGGGCGGCCCCCCUCUUCUCUCUCUCACGGGUCGCUCCAGAAACGGGCAACAGCCCCUGAGCAGCGGCUCAGGAAGAGGCUAAAAUUGGAAGCUGGUAAAACACAUAAACGCAAGUCUUCAUCUCUCGAUCCUCGCGUGGCUAAGAUCUACCGGCGACAUGGAAUGGAUCAUGAUGAUGAUUCAGGCAGCGAUGACGAUGGAGAUAGUGGCAAGCUGUCGUCAGUCCGGGGUGGGGUCUCUUCAUCCCGCCGUGGUUAUGGAGCUGGUAGGCGAGGUGUUUGGAGAGGCUCCUCGCAUCGAGGGAGUCGAGGGGGAGGCAGCUUGGCAACAAGUUCGCUGAAAAUGAGGCGAGGACUUGGGGCGAGAGGGGAGAGAGGUGGUCGGGUAAGGUUACGAGGAGGAUCCCAGAUGAGGCGACGGCGCUAUGAAACGGAGGAUGAAGAUGAUGAUGACGACGACGAUGAUGAUGAGGGUGACGACGAUGAUGAUGAUGAUGAGGAUGACAGUGAUGAAGAGAGGCAUCUUAGCCGGUCAGAUAAGGAUCAUCGUUCAAGGAGACGGAGACAAAGAGGUGAUGACUAUGAUGAUGAUGACGAGGAUGAUGAUGAGGAAGACAGUGAUGAACAGGACUUUGAUGGAGAGGAUGAUGAGAUGGAAGACUUGGAUGAUGGAGAGGAAGAUGAUGAGGAUGGAGAGAACCAAUCAGACUCUGAUCCUGAUCCACCUGUCUUACUUGUCUCGGACUUGAAUGAUGAUCUGCUGAACGAUUCCUACCUGACUGUGACCCUCCAGCGCCCUCCAAAGGCCAAACGUGACCCGGGCUCCAUUGUACCCAAAUUAGAGGCGGCUAUGUCUCCCCGCACACCUAGCGGUCCUGGCUUCGUCCAGCGCAAAACGCUACCCAGGACCCGACUCAGGAGCAGUACCUCGACCCCUUCCGGGAAUGGCCUCUCUCAGUCCAAAAGCGCCCACACUUCCGGCCGCCACACGAGGCGGAACUCCAACCAAGAUGGUCGAGACAGAGACACACCGUCACCUUCCUCUAUGUCUUCACGUUCCUCUGUUUCUCCACCACCUCCUCCUCCAGCCGUCACCACAUCUUCUCCUCCUUCGCUCCUCUCUCAUCCCUCUUUCCGUGAUGUUGGAAAUGAGCGUGGCUGUGAAAAAGACAUUUGGGUAUCAGUGUUCCGCUACUUGGGUCGGACAGACUUGGCUGUGUGUAUGAGAGUCUGCAAGGCUUGGUACAAGUGGUGUUGUGAUAAGCGCUUAUGGACACGAAUAGAUCUGAGUCGCUGUCGGGCACUUACCCCCCAAGCUCUGUCAGCUGUCAUUAAACGACAACCUGUGACACUUGACCUCUCCUGGACACCUGUAUCAAAGAAACAGAUAGCCUGGCUCAUUCAUCACCUCCCAAGUUUAAAAGAUUUAAUAAUGUCAGGUUGUUCUUCAUUAUGCGUGUCAGCGUUAAGUUCGCAGAGCUGUCCGGUUUUGCGCACACUUGACUUGUGUUGGGCCGUGGGCGUCAAAGAUUCACAAAUUAAAGACCUUAUUGUGCUGCCAGGCAGUGAAAGUCGCAGUCGACUGAGAGGUUUACUCACUCUGCGCUUGUCUGGUCUGGAUAUCAGUGACUCUGUCCUUAAGAUGAUCGUCAGACAUAUGCCAUCUCUGCGCCGGUUAGAUUUGUCCCAUUGCCAGGGGCUCACAGACCAGUCCAUCAACCUUCUCACAGCUACUGGCUGCAACACUCGCAACACACUCAGACAGCUCAAUCUUUCAGGGUGUAAUAAGUUGACAGAUGCGUGUCUGUCCUAUAUGAAGCGAUUAUCAGCUCUGGCUCUGUUGGAUCUGCGAGGCUGUAGGAAUGUGACUCGGCACGGCUGUGAAAACUUCAUCUCUGACCUGUCCUACUGCACCUUAUUCUGUCUGACAGAGGAAAAACUCAUUCAGAGAAUAUCAUAACGUGCACACUAAUACACACACACACACACACGCAUACAUACACACAGUCUCCACACAGCUCUGCUUAGUGAGCUCACGAGUGCUCCAUCCCACUCAAUACAGGCUGAUCUAGCCUGAACAAGAGGAUGAGGCUGAAGACAAAGAGACGGGUGGAAGAAUAUGGCCGCUGUUUUACAAGGGUAAAAACAGGCUGAAAGGGAAGAGGAUUUUAUUCCCACAACCCAUGAGACCGAUCCAGGCACAUCCAGUGUGUGGCUACUUCUUCUCUGGGCAUUCAGUCUUAUCCAAAGCGACUUCUUCAGAAGAUGUUACUGCUAUGCUUGAAACUGAACUUCAUAAUCCAGUCUAAGUGGGAUUUGGUGAACGAGGGAUUGAAGGUUUGAUCAGAGGAUUCUGUCCUGGUGUGACCACUGAUGUUUAGACUUGGAUCUUUUGGCACGGAGGAGUUGGUGUCAAUGGUAAGCUGAGGAGGAAGAAAAUGACACAUCCUGAUAGUUCUCAUCUGCUACAACUUGUUGAUCAAAGAGUGUAGUGCCAGCACAGGAUGAAUCGAAAUCAUAAAGACUUCAGCAUAUUGAUCCAGAUCGUUCACUCAUGCUUUCUUAGUGACUGUCUAAACGCAAUUUCUGGUAGUUCAACCUCUCUGAAGGUUUUGCUGCCUGGAUGUUUGUUGACACUUAACAGACCACACUAAGUUUUUACUCGCUCGUACCAAACUAAAAUCACUCUUUAUUUGUUUUCCUUCAUCUGAUGGUUUGUUGUUCCGCUUGCUGUCAUCUCAAAUGGCCAAUUCGCCUGCAUUCUCCUGUCCUGGGAAGGGUUGCUCACAGAUUAGGCUAAAAUGUUCAUUUACCCUUGGAAAGCUAUAAUUUAAGUGCAACUUGUAGCAACACAAUAGCAAUUAUUUUCUGAGGACUUUUUUUUUUAUUGAUGUUCGUUUAGUUCAA